CAUACACCUAUCUUGAACCUUCCGGAGUUUUAUCCAUUUCGUCUCACUGCGUAGUUCAACGGUUUCUCUCCCGCUUUCUUUCAGUGGGUGUUACAGAUUUCGGGUCAAAACGAACGAGAAUGACAACGACUCAGCUUACUGCAUCAACUAUCUCGGCAAAGGGUUUUGCUCUAUUCGAAGGGCUCAGGUCUUCCAGUACCGUCAAAGUCGCGUCUUGUUGUUAUGAUGUCAAGGACUUGAAACCCCUAAAUGACAGAGUUCUAAUUAAGGUUGCUGAAGUUGAGGAAAACACUUCGGGAGGCUUGUUGCUUAGUGCAGCAAGCAAGGAGAAGCCUUCCAUUGGCACGGUUCUGGCUGUCGGGCCUGGUCUUCUCGAUGAAGAAGGGAACAGGAAAUCUUUAUCAGUUUCUACGGGAAGCAUUAUCCUCUUUUCCAAGUAUGCUGGGAAUGAAUUUAAAGGUGUUGAUGGUUCGGAUUACAUUGUGUUGAGGGUGUCUGAUGUAAUCGCGGUGCUUUCUUAGUUCCCGUAUCGAGCUUCCAUACACCACUACUUUUCUACAGGGCUUUUGGGGGAGGAAAAUGCUGUAAUCAUGCAGAACGAAAUAGCCAUCUUGAAGAAAAAACAAUGUGUAAUUUGUGUUUUCUGCGGUUAAUUGACUCGAGUUCAUAACUGAAAAAGGAUUUUGAAGGCUCCAUCUAGCAUGUUGGAAACUACUGCACCUGAAAUGCAUUAUUGCAAAUUGUUCAAAUGCUGGCUUUCAAGUUUUGUGACAAUAUUUGUGAAGAAACUUUUUUUAAUUUAAUUUAUUUUUAUUUUUAAUGAUGAGUAAAUUUGCAAUUACUCUUUAAUUACUAUGCAUUGAGUAAACUUCAUUUGUGUACAAUAAUUUGUAAAUCAAAUAUGAGAAGCAAACUAUAUUAAGAAGACACUUUACAAUGAA